CUCCAAAAUGUUACCUCAGUGUUUGUGCCAAGUUUACAAAUGUUUGUUUCUGCACAACUUGAAACUGAAUUCAGUAAACAUGGCUAGCUUGGCCAGGAGGAUCCAUUCAUCAUCAAAAAAGCUUUCUGACUGUGAGAUAAAGGAAGAAACUGCCCAGAAAUGUGAAACUGAAGAGUUGCCUCAGAGUACAGAAAACAAUGACUCGGGAAGAUUGCACAUACCAGUGAUGCUGGAGGAGGUUGUUAAUUGUUUAGCCCCCCAGCCUGGGCAGUGUUUCCUUGAUAUGACGUUUGGAGCUGGAGGUCACACGACAGCUCUUCUUGAGAGAGCCAACAACAUCACCGUGUACGCGCUCGACAGGGAUCCCACAGCUUACAAAAUAGCUCAGCAGCUCUCAGAAUCCUACCCGAAACAGCUUCAUCCUCUUCUCGGGCAGUUUAGCCAGUCAGAGGCUUUGUUGAUGGAAUCUGGAGUUCAGCCAGGGACUCUGGAUGGAGUUCUCCUGGAUGCUGGUUGUUCCUCUAUGCAAUUUGACACACCUGAAAGAGGUUUUUCCCUGCACAAGGAUGGACCUUUGGACAUGAGGAUGGAUAGUGACAGGUACCCUGCCAUGCCCACUGCUGCUGAUGUUGUGAAUGCCUUAGAUCAACAGGCUCUUGCGUCCAUCCUGAGGACAUAUGGGGAGGAGAGACACGCCAGGAAAAUCGCCUCAGCCAUCGUUCAGGCACGCAGCAUAUACCCCAUCACCAGAACUCAGCAGCUCGCCAGCAUCGUGGCAGGUGCUUUUCCAGCCUCAGCACUCUAUGCACGCAGGGAUUUGCUUCAGAGACCUUCACACGUUGCUACCAAAACUUUUCAAGGUCUGCGCAUAUUUGUAAAUGAUGAGCUCCACGAACUCUUCAUAGGACUGAAGACAGCUGAGAAAUUUCUGAAGCCUGGAGGUCGCCUCGUGGCCCUCUCCUUCCAUUCCCUCGAAGAUCGAGUUAUCAAACGUUUCCUUCAUGGAAUAGACAUGACCCAAAAGUACAAUCUUGGCUCAAGGCAGAAGAUAAGACAGGCUCUGAAAAAUCCCUCCAACAAAGAAGAUGCACAAGAAUCUCCCCACGGAAAAUCCAACUCAAAGUGGAUUUUUAUACAGAAAAAGGUUCUCACACCCCAGGCCAAGGAUAUUCAAACAAACCCAAGAGGAAGGUCGGCCAAGCUAAGAGCUGCUAUUAAAGCCUAA